AUGCAACAAACAACAUCAUCGACCAAUAACAGAGACCAUUCGAAUAUCUCAACACCAACGGCAUCAUGUAAUCAUCCUGUUGGUUCAUCCACUUCCUCGAGCAUUGUAACAUCUGGAUCCAUAACAUCGCGUAGAUUUUCUUCAAAUAAUCAUGGUGUGCUUUCGGAGCACGAAAUCAACAAGUUGAACAAGUGGAAGGACAAUCUUGAGGAUGAUCAUUAUAUAUGUCCUAUUAGUCAUGUUUUGAUGAGCGAUCCAGUGAUCUUAUCGGAGAGCGGAAUCACAUUUGAUAGAACUUCUAUCACACAAUGGUUGCAAACCCACAAUACCUGUCCGAUCACAAAGAAACGCUUGGAAACCAAGAAUUUAAUUCCAAACUACAGCACUAAGAACCUCAUUCAUCUUGCCAUGAAAAAGAAUAUUUCAAAAGUCAUACACUUUGUUGAGAAGAGAAUUGUAGAAAAGAGAGGUCUGAAUGAAUGUUUGGAAGUAGUGCAUGAGAUUUUACAAGUCAUUGAUAAACAUGAAAUUUCAUGCUGGAGAGACAUGAUGAUGUUAAAAUACAAGAUCAAGAUUAGUAUGGAUAGUCAUAGCACAACACCGCAAGCUUGGUGUGACUAUUUGACACGAGAGUUUUUAGCUCAUGCAAAUUUAAAUGGCUCCUCCACAACAACGACAUACACGGAAGACACUGCACUAACUUCAGCUUUAAACCUCAUGCUGGAUCAGCUCUCUUCAUUUGAUAGUGACAAUGAACAAAUUUAUUCAACAGUUAAAACAACUUUGGAGCAAGAGAAAAAACGAAAACAAGAAGCCGAGCUUCGCAUCAAGUUGGAAAAAGAAAAGAAAGCCAAGAUUUUGGAAGAACGAAGACGAAGAGAACAAGAAGAACUUAGAAGAGCAGCUGCUAUUCAACAGCAACAAGAGGAUUGGACAGUUGGUGCUGCUGUUGUUGGUGUGUUGGGAGCCACUGCCUUGGCUGCCGUUGGCAUCUAUGCCUUGUUCAAACCUUCACGAGAUGAUAAGAGAUAA